AUGCCGUCUUCGUCGCUACCCGGCGUUUCGUCGCCACCAGAUGAACGACCGGCAGCACGAUCAAAGUUCACCUAUCGUCAGCUGAGCCAGCUGGCAUCAUUCAACACGUCAAAUCCUCUUCGCGUGAUUGCACACAUUGACCUAGAUGCAUUUUACGCGCAAUGUGAGAUGGUGAGAUUGGGGGUCGCCGAAGAUAAACCUCUCGCUGUUCAACAAUGGCAAGGACUUAUUGCUGUAAAUUAUCCAGCACGCGAUUGGGGUAUCGGUAGACAUUGCAACAUAACCGAGGCCAAGAAAAUUUGUCCAGAUCUGAUUGCCCAACAUGUUGCCACAUGGCGAGAAGGAGACGACAAGUGGGCGUAUCGUGAUGAUGCUGCUGCCAACAUCGCAACUGACAAGGUGUCACUUGAUCCAUAUAGAUUGGAAUCAAGAAAGAUCCUGGCCGUCAUCAAAGAGACUCUCCCUGCCAACGUGCAAAAAGUGGAAAAAGCCAGCAUCGACGAAGUCUUCAUUGAUCUCUCUGCCCAGAUUCGCACCAUUCUCCUGGAGCGGUUUCCUGAGCUAUCCAACCCGCCUCCCUACGAUGAUCCCACCGAGAGGCUCCCUCCACCUCCUAUAGCAGCAUUGGACUGGAAAGCCGAUGCCUUGGUCGACUUGGACGAGGACCAAGAGAGCCAAGACCCAGAUUGGGACGACAUUGCGAUUCUCAUUGGAUCCGAAAUUGUUCGCGGUGUACGUGCACAAGUGCGCGAGAAGCUGGGUUAUACCUGCUCCGCUGGCAUAGCGAACAACAAAAUGGUGAGCAAGUUGGGCUCCGGCUUCAAAAAGCCCAACAGCCAAACUGUUGUGCGGAGUCGUGCUGUGCGUCUAUUUUUGGCAGACUUCAAGGUAGCCAAGAUUCGGAAUUUGGGCGGUAAGCUCGGCGAUCAAGUUGUCUCAGCGUUUAAUACAGAAAGCGUCAAGGAGCUUCUUGAUGUCUCAUUGGAGCAAAUGAAAUCCAAGCUCGGCGACGAGACAGGCGUGUGGCUUCAUAAUACACUACGGGGUAUCGACAACAGCGAGGUCAACACUCGCACGCAAAUCAAAUCUAUGCUGUCUGCCAAGUCUUUCCGGCCCAGUAUUAACACCGAAACGCAGGCCAUAAAGUGGCUAAGGAUUUUUGUCGGCGAUAUCUUCUCACGAUUGGUGGAGGAGGGCGUUUUGGACAACAGACGGCGACCACGCACUAUUAACCUGCAUCACCGGCAUGCUGGACAAACUCGCAGCAAGCAAAGCCCCAUUCCCCCUGGCAAAAUCAUUGACGAAGAAGCUCUGUUCCAUCUGGCAAAGGAUCUCCUUGGUCAAAUCAUAGCUGAAGGCAAGGUCUGGCCAUGCGCAAAUCUCAGUCUCAGCGUUGGUGGAUUUGAAGAUGGCGUUAAAGGCAACAUGGGCAUUGGCGCUUUCUUGGUCAGAGGUGAGGAAGCCGCUCCUGCAAGGUCCGGUUCCCCGGAAAAGAGAUCCGUCGAAACCGGAAGACUAUUGAGUAAAAAGCCACGGUUAGGCGAAAGGGAUAUACACCGAUUCUUCUCGAAGGACGGCCAAAGCCACGAGAAAGCUUUCGUUGCUACCAACAAUAGUGAAGAUGUUGUCGACCAAAUGGACGAAGACGUACCACUUUCUACACCGGUUAAUCAAGAGGAAGCUGCCAUUUCUGCCCCUAGAAAGGAUGCAGGGAGCCAAGCCCAAAUCACCAGAUUUCUCUGCCCUCGUUGUGAUUAUUCGUCUGCUGAUGCAGAACAGUUCCAGAGCCACGAGGACUGGCAUAUGGCCAAGGACAUGCAAGAGGAAGAACGUGGCAGUCACACACUCGCUCAAAAGCCAUCAUCUUCCCGUAACCCAGUCCUGAAAGGAUCAGGUGCAGCACCUAAACGCAACCGAGCAGGAAAGCUGGAACCGGGGCAGAAAAAGCUCCAUUUCGGAUGA